UUUGCUGCAACCAGCCAUCAUUAAGCCUUGCUCUUUCUCCAAUCCCUCUGAUCUGCAUUCUCCAGUCUCUCCCUUUCCUUAUCUACCAUUUUCUUUCUUGUCUUUCCCUGUCUUCUCUCCUUAGACUCCUUACCUUUCCAGUUUGGAGGCUCAAAUUUGCUGUAUGGUUACGGAAAAAACAAGUAUUUAAGUGCUGAGUCUGUUUUCACAUCUGAAAAAUGGGAACAAUGCUAUCUGCAGGAUUGCUUUGUGGAAUGAAUGAGAUACAGCGCAAGCGCUAUGCAAGUCUCUUAGCGUGUUCAGUAUCGCGAAGCUCUACUCCCUUUCAUUCCCUUCCUCCCCUUCCGGUUCCAGUCCAACGGUGGGCUUAGAAAUUCCUCCAAUUGAACGGUAGGAAAUAACUCCAAUCAGAGUGCAGCCUUGCUAGCUGUUUCCGCCUUCCGUGUCUAAACGAACCAAUCAGACCGUUCCGAGAGUGGCGCGGUAGCACCGUUUUGGAGACCACCUUGGAUGGAGCUUGCCACUUUUCUACCUCCUUGCGCCCAGCCUUUCCAUGCCUCGCGCCCCAAAUUCGUAGCCGUGGAAGAGGGAACCGUCCUCUUCCUUGUCCCAGCCCCUCAAACUCGUGCACCAAAAGGGUUGAACAGUAGAUGCCGGAAGUGUGCGGAGCACCUGCGUGUCCCCAGCAAAUUGACGCCGGAAGUAGCAAUUGCUAGAGAAACGGUCCGCUGGUUUCAUUAUGGCGGCAAUCCCCCCAGACUCCUGGCAGCCUCCCAACGUUUACUUGGAGACCAGCAUGGGAAUCAUUGUGCUGGAGCUAUACUGGAAGCAUGCUCCAAAAACCUGUAAAAACUUCGCUGAGUUGGCUCGUCGAGGUUACUACAAUGGCACCAAAUUCCACAGAAUCAUCAAAGACUUCAUGAUCCAAGGAGGUGACCCAACAGGGACAGGUCGAGGUGGUGCAUCUAUAUAUGGCAAACAAUUUGAAGAUGAACUUCAUCCAGACUUGAAAUUCACAGGAGCUGGAAUUCUUGCAAUGGCCAAUGCAGGGCCAGACACCAACGGCAGCCAGUUCUUUGUGACCCUAGCCCCGACCCAAUGGCUUGAUGGCAAACACACUAUUUUUGGCCGAGUGUGCCAGGGUAUAGGAAUGGUGAAUCGAAUGGGAAUGGUAGAAACAAACUCCCAGGACCGCCCUGUGGACGAUGUGAAGAUCAUUAAGGCAUACCCUUCUGGAUAGACUUGCUGCCUUCUUGGGCACAUCCAGGCCUUCUGCAAUGGCCCCAGCGAACCAGUUUCCAGAUGACCUAGAAUGACAUACAACGUUAAACUUCAUUUUUGGCCUUGCAAAAGAAAGCUAAGGAAGCCUGGGGUCAUGGGUAAAUUAGAGAUAGAAGUAUAUUUUAAUAGAAUACUUCUUUUCUCUUUUCCCAGCACUUAGGUUGACAGAACAUUUGCAGAAAUGUCCAUAUUUGUUUAUCUGCAAAUUACUGUGGACUGCAGGAUGCAUUACUGUUGACUGCAUUAUGACCCAUAAUGUACCUCCUGUGUCUGCCCUGAUAUACCUGGAACAAAAUGAAGCAGACUCUCAUUUCAUAGUGCCUAAACAAACUUCUUCCUGAGGAGAUUUAUAUUCCGGCUUACACUGCAGUCUUUGAUGGCUGACAGCUACAGAAUUCAAAACCAGAUAGCGUCUGUCAGCCCUUUUAACCCUGUGCACACCCUAUUUCAGUCUCCUACUUUUGUUCUUCUAGGGAAUGUAUGCAUAUCUAUAUAUAUUUUCCUACUCAAAACCAGAACAUCAACAUUGCUGUUUUUGACACUUAGACAUCCCACGCAAAGCCACAUUGAAUUUUUGCCAAAUGAAAAACCCAUCCAACAGUCAGUCUCCAAGAAGGUGUCAAGUGGGGAAUGAUAAUGUGUAAUAAUCAAGAAAUGAAUUUAUUAAAGGAAAGCAGAAGCACUGACCAUCUUCUUCCCAGGGAGGAGUAGAAAUACAUAGUGAGUGCAAGGACAGACUAUGGACUCUCCAUACAAAGCAGAACCCUCAAAGGAGAAGCACCAUGUAAAUUUUUUUGGCCUUAGACUUUAGAGAAGUCAGAUAAGAAUUUUUUAUACAUUUCUUCUUCUAUAAUUUUUUUUUAAUUUGGGGAGAGAAGUAGGGAUAAAAGGAAGGAAGUUAAUAUCUAUGUAAUACAUAGACACUUGAAAAAUAAAAAUGCCAUUGAUGGUUG